AUGAGGUACCAAGGGAAAUGUAAAUUUGGCACUGACAUCUUGGAAGAAGUGAAAGUGGGUUAUAGAGAAUGUUACUGGAACCGUGCUUUAAAAUUUCUGGGAUCCCAGAUUGUCUGGCUAGCGCUUACUGAAGAGGGUAAUUCUGAGUGGUCAGGCCUGGAGAAAAUCUCCCACAAAAUUGCUGGAGAAACGGCUCUUAGGAAGCUAAGUGACAGGAUGUCUCUGCAGAUGAAGACAGUUGGAAAGGAACAACAGUUUGCUGAGGGAAACAAUGGCUUUCUUCAAAAUACGGAUGUGGUUGAAGGUGCAAUGCAGAAUUUGCUAAGGGAAUUUACCAAAAUGGACCGCAUAUUGGACAGAUCAGAUGUUGAGAACAACAUUUUCUCUGAAAAGCCUCAAACUGCCUUUCAUCAUGAGACAGCGACUACAAAAUGGAAUGUGUCAGAGCUUGAGGCUGAGCACCACCAGGACCUGCAAAAUGGACAGGACGAGCAAGGAACAAAUCAGCUUCAACAUGAGGAUCCUCAAGUGUCCACAUCUCUGCAGUUUUCAGAGGAGAACAUCCCUGAACUGAGUCAGGAGAACAUGUUCCUCAAGCUAAACCACUGGAAUACACAGAUGGGUCUACAAGUGACAGAACUUGAAGCUGAUCACAUAGACUGGAUGGAGAAAAUUAACAAUAUUAUGCAAAAAGUAAACCUAAGAGAAAACACAGUGAAGAGCUUAUUGAAUGAGGUGAUGUCUCUGGAGAGCCAUAUUGAAAAGCUGGAGUCACAAAAAGACUUUGACCCUGAUAAGGGGGCAAAUAUUGAGGAGAAGAUCAUGGAAAUUAAAAAGCAACUAGAAGAAAUGGAUAACAAAUGUGUCCAGGAAGAUGCUUAUAAUGAAGCUCAUGAAUUAAAGGAGAAACUCAUUGCAAGAAUAAAGAACUUUUACAAAAAUAUGACUCUGCUGAAUACAAAGCUGGGGACGUACCAAAUGCAAGAAGGGAAAACAGACUCUCAGAGUCCUGAAAAAGUGGGUAUGGAAGGAAGAGAGCCUCUGCAUCCUCAGGCUCUAUCCUCCCUUUUAAUGGAGAACGCACCUUCCAGCACUACAAUGUGGAAACAUGCACUGAGGAUUUUCAUCAUAUUUUGCGUCCUCACCUUCAUUGGACUUUCAUGUUACAUACUAUUUUUUGAUGUUAUGUUUAUCUUUGAAAGCCUGCUCCCCACAGUGCUUGGACGCGGCAAAAUGUGGGAACUACGGGAGAUCAUCACGCCAUUCUUGAACUUGGAAGUGGAAGACUUGUUACCCUCCUAAAGACAUAGAAGUUACUGUUACCCUACUGACUUUCUCCUUAAUAAAGUUCUGGCUGUUCUUGUA